CACGUGGUCUAAAGGGCGCCAGAGGAGCUACUGGGCCCAGGGGCUAUACUGGUAGAACAGGGCUUCGCGGGGGUACCAGGCAAAUCGGGUCGAAACGGCACUCCUGGGAAGAAUGGCAGACCAGGCGCUAAAGGAGCCAUGGGACCAAGAGGAUACAUGGGCCUCACAGGGUCCAAAGGUGCCAGAGGAGCUAGAGGUAAACAGGGCCUUCGCGGUGCUACUGGAGGUCCCGGACGAAAUGGUGUCCCAGGAAGACCUGGUUCUAAAGGCAAGACUGGAGCCAGGGGAGCAACUGGACCCAGAGGUCUGAGGGGCCUGCGUGGACCACAGGGAAACCAAGGGUUGCGAGGGUUGAAAGGAAGUAGAGGCGUACAAGGACGACCUGGUAAAAAUGGUGCCAAGGGAAGGAAUGGUGCCCCUGGCAGGACUGGCGCUAGGGGAAAGAUUGGACCGCGUGGUUUCACGGGACUGAAGGGAGCCAAGGGCGUAAGAGGAGCCACUGGACUCAGAGGACCUCAAGGACCGCGAGGCUUCACAGGAAAACAGGGCCUUCGCGGCGUACCUGGGCGAACCGGGAAAACUGGUGCAAAUGGCAAGCCUGGGCUAAGGGGCCCUCAAGGACUAAGGGGCCUUAAAGGCAAGACUGGAGCAACAGGACCACGAGGACUCAGGGGGCUGAAAGGAAGCCGCGGCUGGACAGGACCUAGAGGGAAGACUGGGGCGACGGGACCACAGGGGCUUCGUGGAUACCGAGGUUAUACUGGUGCAAGAGGAUCACCAGGAAAAACUGGCAAAACCGGCCAAAAAGGCGCACAGGGAGCCCGCGGUACUCAAGGUGUAAGGGGACCUAGGGGCUACAGAGGGUUUACAGGCGCGCGGGGACUGACGGGACGUAGAGGCCCUCAGGGUUUGCGCGGACCACAGGGAGCCAAAGGAGCCCAAGGUCUCCGCGGCCUUUCUGCAUAUCCCCAAGGCCUGCAAUGCAUCUCGUACCCGUCAAAGACCCAUUACGUCACGUGUCCACGAGUUGAUCACAUGCUGACUUCGUGCCACUGCAGGCGCAAGACUAAUAGGGGUUGCUCUCGUAUCUAUGACGUCGUCGGAGGGCGCAAGUGCAAGUGCGCAUGCACAAAGGCUACCGCUAUCGCUAGGUGCUGCAGGCUCGUGAUGCUGAGGAAACCACAGUAAAGAUAACAAAAAGUAAAAGAAGAUUUUAUUUGAAGUGUAAUCUUGUAGUAAGAGAGAAUGUAAUAAAUAGUCAAAGGCAUUGUAAA